AUGAACAUCUUUACUAAGGUCCCAGGAUUAGCCCAACAAACCAGCAAGCUGGGGUCUGUGCUCCAACGUGCCUUCUACGGGUCCAGUGGGAGGGUGACCCUUUUCGAGCAGAGGAACUUCGCUGGCAGGCGGCUGGACCUGAGUUCUGACUGCUCCAGGCUCAGUGAAAAGAACUUCCCAGAAAGAUGCAACUCUGUGCAGGUGGAGAGCGGAGCAUGGAUCGGUUUUGAGCAUGAGAACUUCCGGGGCCGUCAGUACCUGUGGGACAUGUCCGACCGCGGAGAGUACAACUGCUACGAUAAGUGGUGUGCUCAGAUCGACCAUGUCUCCUCCGUCCGUGCCGUCAAACAGGAUAAUAACCCUGCCAAAGCUCAGCUGUAUGAGCGUGCCGGUUACUCUGGUAAGAAGAUGGAGAUCCAGGACGACAUUCCCAACCUGAUGAGCCGUUACAGCCUCAACAGAGUCGCCUCCAUCCGCGUGCUCGGAGGAGCCUGGGCAGUUUAUCAGGAGCCAAACUACAGAGGACCUCACUACAUCCUGGAGAAGCGUGACUACAACAACUUCUCUGACUGGGGCAGCCAGAACAGCACCGUCGGCUCCAUGCGUAGAGUCCGCUUCAACUAG